CCGACAAAAAACCCUGUAUAAAAAGCGGAACAUUCGCCAUUGAAGGUGUUUUCACUGUGACAGAUAUGUUACUGAGGGAAGUAAUAACAUUUGUCUGUGCAAUUUUUUCUUGUACAGCAGAAGCAGCCCAGGUCAUUAUCAAAGAUAAUCUAGAAGGAUGUCCACCUAAACCACCAUGUUCAGGGUCAGCCAAUUGUCGUGCUACACUUGUGUAUGAAAAUAUAGGCUCUAAUGUUUGUGCAGUAAGAUGUGACACUAAAUGUGACAGCAGGUGCCCCCCACUGCCACAAUGUCCAGCGAUCAAGGAAGGGUGUACUACAAUAUAUAAGUACUCCCAUAUCAGCUCAGACAAGGUGUGUCCCACUAGGUGUGAACUUCAAUGUGAGUGCCCCCCUCAACCGACUUGUCCUCCCCCACCCUCCCAGGAUUGCAUCACAAUAAACAGGAACAAGAUUAUCAACAACAGAGAAUGUCCCUGGGAGUGUCUGCACCAAUGUUGUAAAAAAGACGUUAAGUGUCCAAAACCAGAUCCAAAUAACGUCUACUGCGUGUCCACCUAUACACAGUACAAGACAAUCAAAGGAAAGAAGUGCGCUACAGGAUGUUUCUGUGUUCCUGAUCCGAACCACGCCACGUUUAAAAGGCGAUGAAAACAUUCUGUAACAGUUUAGACAUUCUUCUUCGAAUGCCCUGUGAAUUGCUACAAUGCUUAAAACCAAUGAUACAGUCCUUAGCGUGUUUUUGCAAUAAAGCAUAAUGUAAAUUGUUGUAUUUCCAGGAUAUUGUUUCAUUGCAUUUUUUAAAAAUAUAAAUACAUACAUAAAAUUUAUAGAGUAGUUUGCUAUAACAUACUAUUCCUUAGGUUUUAGUUACUCUGAGACUCUAUUUUUAUGAUUUGUAGAUGAUCGACUUCAUUAAUGUGUAAAUAUGACCAAAAAUUAACAUACAUUAAAUAUUAAAUACGAUA